GUUCAGUACCUGUCCAGUACUUGUGGUCUCUGGCUGGUUUUUAUUAAGUUUUUCGGGGUUUUUAUAGCAACUUGUAGAAAGCCUGAUACAACAGUGAUGGCUUUUCAGUAUAAGAGAAAGGUUUUGUUUGAAGAUGGAAAAAACACAACCUACUGCUAUGUCAGGAUCAAACCGGCGAUGAGGACAGAUGAGAGUACACAACAGUUACCAAGUACUUCUCGUGCUGGACAAGUAGAGGACAAGACACCAGAAAAAAUGGUCAUAACCAGAGAACAGCGUUUACGAAUGGAACGAAGUUAUCAGAGAGCACUCAGGAUUAGGGAGGAGAGGAUGGCAAGAAAUGCAGAGAAUGCUAAAAACCCGGUAGUGGACAACUCAGCAGAAGAUGAUGGGGUGAUCAGCAUUAAUUCUCGUGGCUAUGAAGUACGGCCUUUGCACAAUGAUGGACAGAGGAUUCUAGCAAAUGUACCAGAACCCCCAAGUUCAAGGAUGGCCGUCCCUACUGCAUACACUGUUCCCAGCUGUUUGAUACUUCAUAUUACUAUGACUUUUUCGAAAUUCGUACAUGUGAACAGUGCAGGAAGAAGAAUCUGUAAGAUGAGAUUACGAGGUGUAACUCAAACUUCAAGACAGUUUCCUCCAUUUUAGUUUAUUAUUCAAAGAGAAGCUGAAUGGACCAUUCAGCUGUCUAUCCAUGAAGAUUACAUUUAGUUACAAUUCAUUUAUCCUUUAAUUAUAUUCUCUUAUUGUAUUUAAAUAAUCAGGCUUGUCUUUAUGAAAUGAUAUGCACAUUGCAAAAUAUUAAUUUUCAAGCUUCAUGUGUUUUGAUAUAUUAAAUCUGUGCUUCAUAACCGAGCCUAUAAUAAAUAAACAUAUUUGUUUGCUACAUGUGAACUAAUGCAAGAUUGCAUGUACUAAUUCCUUUAAAGUUUUAAUUGUUCUUCCUUCAGUUGUACCAUUACCAUAUGAUGUAGGAUAAUUACUAACCCUCAUGAAAGAACCUUUGUUUAGUAUAAUUAGUCAAAAUGCGAUUAAAUAGUCAAAAAUGUAA